AUGAUUGGAACUUUCAGCUUGUGCAAAGGUGAAAUUAUUCAAAUACUGGUUGGCCAAGAAGGAGGAAUUAACAAAGGACGCUAUGGUUCUGGGGGCGGUGGCGGAACAUUUGUGGUGAGAAGAAGCAUCACGUCAUUGAUAAUAGCUGGAGGUGGAGGAGGCGUUGAUAGGGUAUCCUCAAGACAUGCAGGAUGUGAUGCCAGCACGAGCACAACAGGGAACCCUGGGUACAGAUCAUGGUCAGGAGGGAGCCAUGGACAUGGAGCACAGAUUGCUGAUGGUGAUUAUGCAGGUGGGGGUGGUGGUGGGUUUUACUCCAGUGGGAGAGGUGGAACGAAUUUUUUUGGCAAAAUAGCGGUAGGUGGAGAAGGAGGUAAGGGAUUUUUGCAGGGAGGAGUGGGCGGAAGAGCCCGGCAUAACAAUGCGGACGGAGGAUUUGGUGGUGGUGCUGGUGCACCUGGAUGGGGAGGAGCUGCUGGCGGCGGUGGAGGGUACUCUGGUGGAGGCAGUGGAGAUGAUAAACCUGACUCCUGUGGAGGAGGGGGAGGAUCUUAUAACGCUGGAACAGAUCAGCAAAAUGAAUGUGGGGGUGGUGGUGGGUUUUACUCCAGUGGGAGAGGUGGAACGAAUUUUUUUGGCAACAUAGCGGUAGGUGGAGAAGGAGGUAAGGGAUUUUUGCUGGUAGGAGUGGGCGGAAGAGCCCGGCAUAACAAUGCUGUCAGAGGAUUUGGUGGUGGUGCUGGUGCACCUGGAAUAGUAGGAGCUGCUGGCGGCGAUGGAGGGUACUCUGGUGGAGGCAGUGGAGAUGAUAAACCUGACUCCUGUGGGGGAGGGGGAGGAUCUUAUAACGCUGGAACAGAUCAGCAAAAUGAAUGUUGUUUUAAAACAACUGGCCAUGGUCAUGUGAACGUUACAUUACUGCAGAAAAAUUCAACUACUUUAUGCACGACGUAUACUGGUCUCUGGCGUCGUCUUAAAUUCUCCACCAACAUUGAUGGAUAUGCUCUUCAAUUUCACGUGAUAAAGAAAUUUCAUCUUUCUAUUUAUGUGGGACCAUCAGUGCGUAGUGCUUGUACUCAUCGAUGUAUAAUGGACCCCGUGUGGGUAUCCGUCAACAUCGCCCCACCAACUGACGAGAAGUUUACCUGCGAGCUUAGCGAUUCAGACCACACGAGACACCCUGAAGAUCUUCACAAGUGGGAAGGCUUUCUGUACAUAGGCACUGAGGUGAUAAAAUUACUCUGA